GUGAGAGUAAUGUCCCUUGCGCCUUGCAUGACUCGGACCAGCAGAUCUGUUGUAGCAGUAGCCUUGGCCAAGCAGAGCAGGCCAAAUAAUUUAUUUUGGCUUCCCCUCUUGAGCGAUUGUGUUUCACAAGGCUAUCCACAACACCGAACAGCUUACUGGAGUGGGACUUGAGUUGUUGUGUAGAAUCUACAGACCAAGGGUGACUGUGCCUUGUUUCUUCCAGUGGAGCAAGAUCAUGGAUGUUAAGGAAUUUGGGUCUCUUUCUAUGAAGAGACUCAUCCAACUGUGCCUUUGUGUAUGCUGUGGUUUGCAGGUUUUUGGAGCACCACCUCCCACCCUGAAACUUGUUAGUGUGUUAUACCGCCAUGGUGACCGCAGUCCUGCUUACAUCUACCCAAAGGACAUACACCAAGUUCCAGGCUCUUGGCCAGAUGGUUUGGGUUGGCUGUCCAAUAUAGGAAAACAACAACAGUAUGAGUUAGGCCAGUUCAUUGCUGAGCGAUACAGUGGAUUUCUGAACACAUCAUACUAUCAUCGCGAUCAGAUUCUCAUCCAGUCAUCAGGAGUGGAGCGCUGUUUGAUGUCUGCUCAGAGCAACCUGGCCGGGCUCUUCCCACCUCAGGGUCCACAGGUCUGGAACAGUAACUUCACCUGGCAGCCAAUUCCCGUCCAGAGCACUCCAACACAAAAUGACAAUAAACUGGCUAUACAAGCUCCGUGUCCCAGAUAUGAUCAGCUGAUGGCAGAGGUUCUGCACUCCCCUGCUAUACAGAAAGAAGAAAAAGAGAAUAAAGCAUUUUAUGACAUGGUCAUCAACGCAACAGGGGUGAAGAAAGAGUCUAUUCGAGAUAUAUGGAUGAUUGCAGAUCCUCUCAUUUGCGAGAGAGCACACAACUACAGCUGGAAUGAGUGGGCUUAUCAGGAAGGAGUGUGGGAGAAAAUGGACAGUCUCAGAACCUUGUCAUUUGAUCUACUCUACAGGCGAACUGAAAUGGCCAAGUUGAAAGGAG